UGCAUCACUCGCAAAUGGGAACAUUUCUUUGCCGAGGCUCGGUGGAAUUCACAGCUUUUCUACUCUCUUCUAUCGAGUGUUAGACCUGCUUGCUGCUGGCUCUGUGGUUUGUAGAGUAGCUUGUACUCAGCACUCGCUGUGAUUGUCUGUUUUUUUCAGAACUAGAGAGGUACCUCCAAAAAAACAAAUGCAAUGUGGAACUUGACAGAACAGCUGAGGUUUGUUUUUCUCACAUAGUUAUAUUUUUUACCCUCUCACUGAAGGCAUCCAGCUUCCAGAGGACCAACUCCUCCCUAAAAGACACCUUCAAACACAGGCGGCUGGAUUUUUUUUUUUUUUAACCUGUACGAUUUUGUUCAUCUAGCAAAUGGAGUGACUCUUACCUGGGGCAGUUUAUGGGGCUCUUUUUGUGAUGCGGAUGGUCAUGGUCAAAUUUAGCUUAGAGCCCACCACCCACUGUGUUCCAUGAAGAGGUUUGGCAGCCUGAGGAGAAGCAAGAAACGGAAGGAGCAAGAUGGGCUAGGCGGGAGGCAUCAGUCCGAGGCGUCCUACCUGUCUGCCUCUGGACUCUCUACACCACCCCACACCCCAACCCAGGCAUCCAGCCAACCAGUGUUCACCCAGGAGGCCCAGCAGAGCGGCCCCAGCCCUGAACGCCCGGAGCAAAGCUCUCGCUCUCGUUCCCUUUCCACACCUCCGGACACAGGACAGCGCCUCAGCCUUCCUUCUGCUAAACCCCCAAUCCCUUCAUUGAGCCCUGUGCCACCUUAUUCUACCUCACAACAAGUCUACAGUUUAUUCGAAGGCAUGCUGGAGAAACUUGAUCUAGACGAUGAUGCUGCUGAACCCGAGAGUGAUAUUUACAUGCGCUUUAUGAAAUCCCACAAGUGCUAUGACAUCGUCCCCACAAGCUCCAAGUUGGUUGUGUUUGACACAGCACUCCAAGUUAAGAAAGCCUUUUUCGCCUUGGUAGCCAACGGUGUGCGGGCUGCUCCACUAUGGGACACAGAGAAGCAAAGCUUUGUGGGAAUGCUGACAAUCACAGAUUUCAUCAUCAUACUACACAGAUACUAUAAGUCACCGAUGGUGCAAAUUUAUGAACUAGAGGAACAUAAGCUCGAGACGUGGAGAGAGGUUUACCUUCAAGCAACAUUCAAACCUCUGGUGAACAUAUCACCAGAUGCAAGCCUAUUUGACGCCGUCUACACUCUCAUCAAAAACAAAAUUCACCGGCUGCCUGUCAUCGACCCCGUUACAGGGAAUGCACUUUAUAUUCUCACACACAAGAGGAUCCUCAAGUUCCUCCAGCUCUUUAUGUGUGAGAUGCCAAAGCCAGCUUUUAUGAAACAGACUCUUGGCGAGCUGGGCAUCGGAACAUACCACGACAUUGCUUUCAUCCACCCAGACACACCCAUCAUCAAAGCACUCAACAUCUUUGUGGAGCGGCGAGUGUCUGCUUUGCCUGUGGUGGAUGACUCGGGCAAAGUUGUGGAUAUUUACUCCAAGUUUGAUGUGAUUAACUUGGCUGCUGAGAAGACGUACAACAAUCUGGACAUUUCAGUGACCCAGGCUCUGAAACAUCGCUCUCAGUACUUCGAAGGAGUUAUGAAGUGCCAUAAAAUGGAAACGAUGGAGACCAUUGUGGACAGAAUAGUCAAAGCUGAAGUACAUCGGUUGGUGGUGGUGGACGAGCGCUCCAGUAUCGAGGGCAUCGUUUCCCUGUCAGACAUCCUUCAGGCGCUGGUGCUCAGUCCUGCAGAUACCUGUAAGGAGGAGAACGCGACUGAAUAAGAAGUGGAUGUAUCAGCUUAAGUGGAGAUGUGGUGGGAGUAAUUAAAUUGAAACAUUAAGGUAGGGAGUGUAAGGCUGAGUGGAGCCAGGCUGAAGGUCCCAGAUACCCCUGAAACCAAUGCACUAAUCAAGGCUUGGAACCCAAAGAGCUAGACUGCUGAGUGAAGUGGACUUCUGCAUUGAAGAUUGAUGAUUUUUUUUUCUCCUGAAUUUCUUCUUUGUUAGUUUUUUUUUUUAACACUGAUCAGAUACGCACAUGUUAAGGGUGUAGACACUGAUCAGCUGCAACAUUAAAACCACUGAUGGGCAGAGUAAAUAUUGAGUCCAGUGUGUUCUAAUUGUGUUUUGGGUCCCGACAUUUAUGAGGUACAUAACAUUCCUUGCUUGAUGAUUCUGCUAAAACGAGACUGAUUAGACUCUAAAUUAGAAGAAACGAGAGUAGGUCAUAGAAAAAGUGUUUGAACGUUUUUAAAAAUCUGAGUUUUCUGCAUGUUAUUGCUGCUUGGGGCGUUCUCAUAAACCGAACAAUUCAGAGAUGCAUGAGAAAUGUGCGGUCAUUUUGUCGUGCAUGCCUUCCCUUUAAUGAGACCAUGCAGUGCAGGUUUGGGUUGUGCUGAAACUGGUUUACAGUUGCUGGAAAUUUAACAAGAAAAAAAAAAAAAAAGUGCCAAAGAUGCUCAUGAGUUGCGUACAGAUGCCUCAGAUUAGUGGAAAGGGGCUAUAGCCAUCCACCAACCACCUGAGCAGUUUUGCAAACCAGCCCAUCUCUGACCCCCAAGGCAAAAAUUCUCAGGAACACUUCAGUAAACUGCUUCCAAACUUCCCAGAUCCCAAUCUAAUCAGUCAUCCCUGGGGAGCACAGGUAUGACCCUGAUCCACCAAGGGUUUGCCCUCAUUGUAUGAUGCCAGAUAGAACAGGACACCCAAGGGUCCUCUCUCCAUUCUCAAUACACUACAGCAGGUUUGGUGGUGUGACGGAGACCUGCCAACAGUAUUGGGGACGGUGGUUCUUAUGUUGUGGCUGAUUCCUGUUAACACAGAUAAACUCCAUUAUGGUCUCUUUCUGGGGAAAGUUUGGAAACGUCAACACGGGUUCUGGCGGGUUUGGGAUUCAGUGUUUCGGGUUGUGUCGUUACAAUCAUGCUGCUGUCAUCACAAGUUUAAGUCAUGUAGGAAGGCGAGCGUUAACUGGUAGCAAAACCACACGUCACCUGCAAUGUGGCCACUUGACGCCAUUAAAGAAAGUGUUUGCCAGUGCCAAUACAGACCUACUCAAUGCCCAAUAUUUAUUUGUGCCUUUAUUUUCUUCUCUCUACAGAAAUGUAUGUUGUAAAAUGGGUGCAAUGAUGAGUAUGAAUGUGUAAUAUUGAAGUAGAGUGCAAAUUGUACCUGCUUCUUCAAAGGUGUGCAUUAACUUGGUUGGUUUGGGGGCGGCAUAAAUUUAAAACUGUGUCAGAAGCGUCAAGAAGUUCUGUUAAAUCUUAUUCUUGAAAGAAAAUCCUAAAUCAUGCUGGCGCUGUUACGCAGUGCUCAGAGGGAAGAUGCACCCUUCUGUCAGCCAGGAGUGCUUUAAGUCACGAGUGAUCAAUAAGAGUUAAGUAUGGAUUUUUAUAAUGGUAACACCUGGUCCGGGAAAAAGUCUUUUUAAAUAUUUGAAAAGGCCCUUUUUCUUCCCCCCUUCCCAUUUAUUUUCAGUAGUUUUGAAUCUUCAAAUCAGUCUGGUUAUCUCAGCUGUAGCUCAACAGGACUCAUCUCCAUCUUCGAGUGUAAAUAGGAUCGUUUUCGGGAAAUGUGUCACAGAAAGCUUUAUUUUUAUGAACGCUGAUGUGUUUGAAGAGAGACUGCAGGUUUAAUGUUAUUUUUGUAAAUACAUUGUGGCAAUAUCUGUAGGUCAGAGAAACUUUGUAACGGAUCAACAUGUACUGUAAAUGUGCAAGCAUGAGAAACUACACUUCAGCAGUAUGAAUGUUUUUUUGUUUUUUUUCUUUUACUUUUUCUAUUUUUCUGGCUGCAGAAAAAUAAAGAGACACUGAAUGUACUUUGA